AGCUCUUUUGCACGCGGACUCUGGUAUUUUUCUACCUCCAGGAGUCUUAUUGUCUGCUGCUGUUGUCUGUCUCUCUACCUGUCAGUCUCUCUGCGUGCUAACGUCACUGUUGCUCCGUGUCGCUCCCGGUGUGUUCCUUCCUUCACUUUUACCGGAUGGAGGAUCAUCAGUGAAGACCUCUGAGAGCUGAAGAGACGUUCAGGACGGACCAGAGCGGAGAAGGUCGGCAGUCCUGCCAAUCCGGGAGCAGUUCACCGGGAGAGAAGCUGGGCUGCUCCGCAGGUCGGUAGAUGACACAUACUGGAAUUCUACCGGUGGUGAUGUCAUCAUGAUGCUGCCAGUCUCCAGGUUUAAAGGUCAGCCGGUUGGCAUGGUAAACAACACACCACCCUGGCUGUCCUUCAGCACUGACCCCGCCCCCCGCUGGCUGUGGUUGGCCAGCUGGUCGGCAGCUUCGUACCAGGCCAUGCCCCCUCUGGUAUUCUACCCCCCAGCUGUGUGGAUACCUGAACACACACACCUGAUACAGUGGGAGCGUCCAUCUGUUGAAGUAGUUCCUGUCGUUCCACCCUUUUAUUGCGCUUCAACUCUUCGUCCUCCUCAUCCUCUACUCAAGCAGGAAGUGGCCGUGUUCCUGCGGGGAGACCAACCCCUCCUCUUGACCAAUCAUAUCAUCCAGAAGCCAGAAAGACACGCCCCAAGGACAGGCCUGCUGCGACCCUCAGGUGGAGCUUACGGGAAGUGGGCAGGACUUCAAAUACAGAGAGACAAUGGGGCGUGGCCUAUCAUUCUGACUAAUCAGCGGGAUAGAGGAGUGUGGUCACGACCUAUCAUCAGCCUGGAGAGAAGACUGGCUCCGCCCUCUCAGCAGUGUGUAUUUGGACCUGUCUCUCCCUCUCAGCUCUGUAGUGAUGGGUGGCCUGUCUUACCUGUCCAGGUGAUAAAGGAAGUUCAUCCCUCUUUCUUUUCUUCACGGUUCUCUUCCCGUUUCACUCUGCUGACAAACUACAGACACAAGAAGCUAGGGAUGAGUGGAGAUAAAGUUUCUUACCGAAGAGCGUUAAUGAUGAGGACGGCAAGGACAAUGGACAACAAUAAACGGUGUGUUGGUGUGUCAGUAGGAGAGGAGGAAGAGGAUGGAAGUAAAGGAGGAAGCAAAGACAAACGUCCUGUUGCCUCCACAGCUGUCCCGGGGUCGCCAUGGUGUGUGGUGUGGACUGGAGACGACCGGGUCUUCUUCUUUAAUCCCACAAUCCAUCUGUCUGUCUGGGAGAGACCGGGCGAGCUGAUUGGUCGAGACAUCAGUGGCAUCAUGGAGGACCCGCCCCACAAGAGGAGGAAGAUGACAGUCGACAGCAGCUCCAGCUGUCAUUCACCUGGUCUCCACGGUAACGAUGAAGAUAAUGAACAUGAGCACAAAAGGAAUAGAAUAAAGGAGUCGAUGUCUCUCGUCCCUCGUCCAGGAGAAGUUAAACUCCCCGUGGAGCUUCGUAUCGCUCAUUUUAGGGAAAUGAUGUUGGAGAGAGGGGUGUCGGCUUUCUCCAACUGGGAAAAGGAGCUGCAUAAAAUGGUGUUUGACCCUCGAUACCUGCUGCUGACUUCAGUUCAGAGGAAACAGAUAUUUGAUCAGUUUGUGAAGAGCAGGGUGAAGGAAGAGUACAAGGAGAAGAAGAGUAAACUCCAGAAAGCUAGAGAAGACUUCAAACAGCUGCUGGAGAAGGCCAAGAUUACCAGCAGGUUGACCUUUAAGAAGUUCUGUGCUCGUUACCGUGGUGACCAGAGGUUUGAUGCCCUCAACAAGAAGAAGGAACAGGAAAUACUCUUCCACCAUUACAUCACUUCCUUAAAGAAACAAAACAAGGAGAACAGAGCCAGACUGAGGAAGAUGAGAUGAGAAUGAUGUUCUUCCAGAACCUUUCAGAAACCUUCAGAAACCCCCCCAGGUCCUUCCUGUGAUGGCUGGCAUUAAUGGAUCCUGGUUUCAAAGGCUGGUUUCUCUUGGAGUAACCAGAUCAGGACCACAGAGACCAGACUGGAACCAGAUGAUCUGAGUGGUUCUGACCAGCAGCAUCAGACAGGUUUCUGUUUUCUGGACUGUUGUGGACUGAUGUGAACUUGACCUGCUGAACUGGUCCCAAACUUGACUGAAAAGAUCUGAGAUCAGAAAGGUUCAUCUGUCUUAAUGUCUGUUUGUCGCUCUGGCCCUGCUGGACUAAUCAAUUAACCAAUCAAUACAUAAAAGACAAUAACAAAUAUGUUAAACUUACAGACAUCUUCAAUACAUUUGGUCAGAAUAAAAACAAGUCUUGUUCAGACCGGUUUUGGUCAAAUUUCAGACAGAUUGGAGACGCAAAGCUUCAAACGCCUUCUGGCCACCGAUCGUCAUCAAAGGUCCUGAUGACUACAUACUUAUAGGACUGCAUACUACAUACUCAUAGGACUACAUACUACAUACUCAUAGGACUGCAUACUACAUACUCAUAGGAAAGCACACUUCAUACCCAGGACUACAUACUACAUACUCAUAUGACUACAUACUACAUACUCAGGACUACAUACUACAUACUAAGGACUACAUACUCAUAGGACUACAUACUACAUACUCAUAGGACUACAUAGUACAUACUCAUAGGACUGCACACUACAUACCCAUAGGACAGCAUACUACAUACCCAGGACUACAUACUACAUACUCAUAGGACUACAUACUACAUACUCAGGACUACAUACUCAGGACAACAUACUACAUACUCAUAGGACUACAUACUAUAUACUCAGGACUACAUACUCAUAGGACUAAAUAUUACAUACUCAUGGGACUACAUACUACAUACUCAUGGGACUACAUACCACAUAUUCAUAAGACUACAUACUUCAGCAGCGCGGUUGUUGGAGGGCGAAAUGAUGGACCUCCGUUUCCCAUUCUCCGUCUUCUUACGUCGUUACUGCCGUCUUCAUCUUUAUCACAGCAACCCAUGCUGAUCGUUUGUACAUUGUUGAACAAUGAGUGCUGGCUUCACUGGGCAUGAGAACAUGAAACUUGACUGUUAAAUAACUCCCAGGACUCCCCCCCCCCCUUCUUCAUGUCGGAGUUGUUCUUCUGUUUGACAUUAUGUUGCUGUAAACUUGAUAUAAACCCGCCCUCUCACCUGUCAGCUCCAUGGUGCUUUGAUUGGACAGAUCAGUGUCCUGAUUGGAUGUUCUUUAGUGUCCUCCCUUUUCAUUGGAUGGUGCUUGUGUGUUAGAAUGAUCUUUGUGUUCUGACGUCUCACUGGCUGUUGUUAAUGAAGUGUUUUAAUUAAACUGUUCCCCCAACA